CGAAUUUUACGACCUUUAGUAUGUCCCUCGACACCAGGGGAAAGAUCGCAGCAGCACAAUUGGCAUUCUAUGCUCCCAUAGCAGGCAUUUCGAGUUACCUCGUAGUGCGGUAUGCAUUGAGAAGAGAUGCAGGCUGGUUGUUUCUGAGCCUAUUCUCAAUGGCACGAAUGGCUGGAGGCGCCCUCGUUCUCGCAGGACAGUUGCAACCCAAUUUCGACGCUCUAACGGCGGCCUACGUCCUUGAACCUUCAGCGCUAUCAUUACUAUUGCUAUCAACGUUGGGCUUCCUGGGGAUGGCCGGCCAACAUACAUACAGUGAAAUCCCUCGAGUCACCGUCAUCUUCAGGUCAUUCGGUGGUAUCACUCUAAUCGGACUCGGCCUCGCUAUCGCAGGAGGGAUCCUCGGGUCACCUGUCUCACCCGACGACGCAGACAUCGGAACCACCCUCCGACGAGUAUCCUCAUGCGUCUAUGCGGGAGUCUGGGUAUUACUAGUACUGGCAUUCUUCGGAACGUUCUCCUAUCGCUGGCAUCUCAGGAGCUAUCGACGAAAUCUUCUAUGGGGUAUUGGUAUCGGAAUGCCAUUCCUUGGCACUCGCAUCGCAUACGGAAUCAUGGCCGCAUGGUCCUCCAGUAAUCUAUAUGGAACUGUCGUCCCAGUGAACAGAACGCUUUCAAAGAUGAACCCGGUAACCGGUGACUGGGUGAUGUAUCUCGUCCUCGGCCUGGUUAUGGAAUUCGCAGCAGCAGCCAUGUACCUGUUUGCAAGUACAGUGAUGGCCCGAAGAUACUACUAA